CUGCACGCCCGGCAUGCUGCAAUGUCAGUGCUUCUUCCUUUAACGCCUACCUAACUGAAAAGUACCACUUUCACCCCAACCCCUAGGUAUCCAUCGAAGCCCGACACAUCAACCCGCACUCUGGGUAUGGAGCCAUGAUGUGCCGGGAAUAUCGGAUUACUCGAAUCAGAACUCAUUCAACCAUCAAUAAACAUCGCACGUAAACGGACAGACCAAAUGCAGCCAUGGGUCGAUUAGGACCCAUCACUUCUCUAGGACUCGGACGGUCACCAUAUGACGAUGUGGUCCCGGGCGAAGGCCCAGAGGACUCGCGUUUUCCUCAGCAGCUGUAUGAUGAGCGAGGCCGCCCUAUCAACCCGGAGACCAAGCGUAUCAAUCGGGACGUGAUUCGCUCUCAUAAUGAAGUGAUGAUGGUCAUUGGUGUUGCCGAACCAGAGAAUACCGCCCCCGAUACACAGUUCGAGGUAGCCCGCAGGCAUCACCAGUAUGAGGACCGUAUCGGCAGGAGGCUGCUUCUGGCCGGCGGCGUGCUGGAGUCGGCGGCCAUCUGGGGCGUGAAUGGCAUGAGGCAGCGCAUUUUGCUCUACAAACCAUACUCGCAAACAACCUUCUAUGGCAUGUUUCAACUCGCCUGGAGCCAGCAGUCUGUAGGCUCCUACUUCUUCGGCGGCUUGCCAUCGUUUCUGGCGAGUACACUUCUGGAGCAGCUACCGGCCCCUGAGCUGAAGAAAACAACAUCAUUUCGAUAUGUCAUGACAUACAUUCGUCUCCAUUUAGCGAUUUACGCCUUCUUCCAGCGAACAGGAAUUAUUCCCUACAACCGUUGGGUCCCUAACUGGCGGUUUUUCGUCCCGGGAACUAGCAUAUCACCUAUUCCCUUCCCACCGACUCCGACCUCAUUCCACCCCCGAAGCCUUCUCCAGUGGCUUGGUGCCUUCGCGCUUGGGGCAGCGCCGUUCGCCAGCUUCUACCUCUACACCAAGUUCCAUACCGUCAUAACCAAAACCCUACGGUACAAAAUCCAUCAGCUCCUUCCACGACCACAUAACACGCACAAGCGGCGACUCUUCGGCAACCAACCCACAGGUGCCGAAUAUGGCCCCACCGAACACCGAACCGACGAACCACUCUCCUCCCCCACCGCAACGACAACACCGACAACAAGCGACGCCACCCCCAACGGCCCUCCCCGCCGACAAAGCACCGUCUCACUGCGCGGCGACAACAGCACCACCGCCACCGACCAACCCACCUUCGGCGGCUCCACCCAGGGGACCCACGACGACUUCGCCUCCGACGACGAAGACACCGAGAUAAUCAGCGCCACGCUCAUCAGCUUCGACGUCGAAGCCACCGACGCGACCACCCCUCUCGACCCGACCUCCACCCACUCCGCCACCGCCCACGGCGGCGAAGACACCACCCCGGGCGUCUGGUCCGCCGAGCUGCGCCCCAACCCCAACCUCGGCAACGCUCAGCCCGGCGGCGGCGGCGGCGGCGGCGAGUACGGGUUCCCGGGCGGCGGCAGCGGCGAAGCCCAGGACAACCGCGUGUACCGCGAGAACGUGCUCACGCGCCUGCCGGCCAUCCUCGCCACCGACGUGCUGGCCAUCACGCCGGCGCGGCUGCUGAUGACGCCGCUGGCGUCGAUGGUGUGGCUGGGCCUGGCGCGGCCGUACAUGCGGCGCACGGGGAUGGCGCUGUGCGGGGUGGUGGAGGGGGUCGGCUGGUGGUGGGGCCUCAGGGAAGGGCGGGGGCUGGUGAAUAUGCUGGGCCUGGAGCUGCUGCUGGCCGUGAUGCAGUGCGAGGCGUGGGCGGUGGUCAUGCUGGCCGCGGAGCGGUUUCGGUAUAGCGAUGAGGAGUGGAGCGAGAGGGAGGGCUUGGGUGAGGGGGAGGAGGAGGAGGGGGCCCCCGAGAGAAACUAG